AUGGAGCUUCUCAUAAUCACCUUAUAUGCCGUUACCCUGGCCGUAGUAGUUGUCCUCCUUUGGUUCCAUAAGCCCGGAGCCGGCGACAAGAGCAAGCACGGGAAGCGACUGCCGCCUGGGCCAUGGACCCUUCCGAUCAUCGGCAGCAUCCACCACGUGGUGCGCGGCCUCGGACACCGCACGAUGAUGGAGCUGUCCCGCCGGCACGGCCCGGUCAUGUUCCUCAGGCUCGGCGAGGUCCCGACGCUGGUGGUGUCCAGCGCCGAGGCGGCGGAGCUGGUGAUGAAGACCCACGACCUCGCCUUCUGCUCCCGGCCGACGACCAGCGUCACCAUCGACAUCGUCGGCUGCAAAGGCAAGGGGCUUGGCUUCGCCCCCUACGGCGACCGCUUGAUCCAGAUGAAGAAGAUCGUCGUCGUGGAGCUUCUGAGCGCCGCGCAGGUGAAGCACAUCGAGUCCAUCAUGGCCGACGAGGUGGGCCGCCUCCUCCAAUCUGUCGCCGCCGCCGCCGGCGUCGUCAACGUCAGCGACGAGGUGAAGGCGCUCGCGCCGGACCUCGUGGCGAGGGCCAUGUUCGGUGGCAACUGCGCCGAGAAGUCCGACUUCAUUCGCCGGUACAACGAGGUCAGCGAAGUGGUGUCGGGGUUCUUCCUGGUGGACCUGUUCCCGUCGUCGAGGCUGGUGCGGUGGCUCAGCAUCGGCGAGCGCCGCCUGCUGAGGAGCUACGGCGGCAUCCAGCGGAUCAUCGCGACCAUCAUCGAGAGCCGCAAAGCUGCCAACACCAGCGCCAGCCUCGACCACGAGGAUCUGCUGGGCGUGCUGCUCAGGCUGCAGAAGGAGGGCUCACUUGCUUUCCCUCUGACCUCCGAGAUUAUAGGCGCUGUCAUGUUUGAUAUAUUCGGAGGUGCCACUACAACCCUAGGAUCCACUCUGGAGUGGGCAAUGUCGGAGCUGAUAAAGAAGCCAGAGACGAUGAAGAAGGCACAACAGGAGGUUUGCAGCGUGCUAGGUCAAUCACGACGAGGUGUCAUCACAAAUACUGACCUCGUUGGGCUCAGCUACCUACAAAUGGUUAUCAAGGAGGUUCUUAGGCUGCAUCCUCCAAACUCUCUGCUCGUCCCCCGUGAGUCGAGAGAGGAUUGCGAGGUCAUGGGCUAUCACAUUCCCAGAGGCACCAAGGUGCUCGUGAACGCGUUUGCGAUCUCCAGGGAUGCCAGGUACUGGAAAGACCCUGAAGAUUUUAGCCCGGAGAGGUUUGAGAACAGCAAUGUCGACUACAAAGGGACAGAUUUCGAGUUCACGCCCUUCGGCGCUGGCCGUCGGCGUUGCCCUGCAAUCAUGUUUGCCACGUCCACUCUGGAGAUUGCAUUGGCAAACCUUCUGUACCACUUUGACUGGGCUCUUCCUGAUGGAACGACUCCAGAGAUGGUGGACAUGUCUGAGCAAAACGGGAUGGGGAUCACCAAAAAGUUGGACCUGCAUUUGAGAGCCAUCCCAUAUGUACACUCCACUGUUGCAUAG